AUGUCCGAGAACAUUGUAUCGUCGUAUACAGGACUUUAUGCCCUAACUUGGAUGAAAAGUGCCUCGAGGCUGCUUGCAGCCAGGCGCGUGCCACCGCGUCAGUUUCUGUCUCCUCAACAUUGGGGUCUGGAAGGCCGGCAGUUCUUGGUAUUGGAGUUUCAAGCACUCGACGACUUUGACAUACCGAAAAUUGAUCGCUAUCGAAAUGGAAUAUUGAGGAGAAUGACAAGGGACAUACAGCAGUCAUUGUGCAUUGUUGUAAUUGGUUUUCAGCUUGUUUCAGCUGCAUUCCAAAUUACUCCAGAUUUAAAUUCUUUACUUGAAGUUGAGGAAUAUUGGCGAGAGUUUUUCAAAAUUUUAAAAGUGUUUCAACAACAGCAGAAAGCUAAAGACAAGGAACGUGGACCCAAGUCCAUUCGUCGCAAUGUAGCUCAGUCUGGUACAGAUGAAGAUGAAGAGGCUGGCAGUGUAGCAGCAAUGCGUAUUUGUAACACAGUACAGGAUCAAAUCAAAGAGUUCAAGGCACAUCUUCCUGUCAUAUCAACAUUGUGUAACCCUGGAAUCAGACCACGCCAUUGGCAAAAGAUGUCUGAAAUUAUUGGAUUUGAUAUGACUCCCGACAUGGGCACUUCUUUACGUAAAGUACUGAAAUAUGAUCUUGCUCCUCACAUGGAAAAGUUUGAAUCAAUCAGUGCUGGUGCUAGUAAGGAGUUUUCUCUUGAGAAAGCAAUGCAGAAAAUGGAAUUAGACUGGGAAUCUAUUCAGUUCACUACCUUGAGCUACAGAGACACGGGCUUUUCAAUUUUGGGGCAGCCUGACGAGAUCCAGACAACACUAGAUGACCAGAUUGUCAAGACACAAACUAUGAGAGGUUCUCCUUUUAUCAAACCAUUUGAAGCUCAAAUAAAAGCAUGGGAAGAACGGUUGCUUGGUAUGCAAGAUACCAUUGAUGAAUGGCUAAAGUGCAAAGAAACUGUUAAGUCUGGUUUACAGUAUGAGAGGUAUUGUAAAACAGAAAACAGCGGCAGAGACAUAGUGGCGAGCCACUUAGAAUAUGAUUAA